AUGGCAGACCCUGCGGCAAGUAUUAAAUCGAUCAUAAGUGGUCGAGUUAAAAUGAGUUCUAUGGAUUGGGAUUCCGUUGAUUCUAACAAUAGCAAUACUGCAAUCUCGGAUUACCAAGCGUUCAGAAGGAGGGAUGAAUCAGAAGACUCAAGAAAUCCCAAAACCAUUGGCUAUUCAGAGAGCCAAGGGGAAGAAGCAACGAAGCAGUCUCAUGUCUAUAGUAAUGGAGAAGACUCCCUGGCAUCUUUAUCCUCGGGUACCAGUGACAACCAGAAGUCUUAUCUGAGAGAUUCGUAUUUGAGUCCAACUCCGGACGAUGGAAGCUACACUCAACUGGAAGCUAUUUUGCGACCAUCAUCGAGAAACUCAACGACAUCAUGCUUUUCUACUAUGGCGACUAAGGACGGCGUAGAAGGCAAAAAAUUUCAUAGAAAUGGGCCCACCGCCUAUUCAAAUAGCAUAAUGGCAAGCAUGGUACAUCAACAGGCUUUACAAAAUUAUCAACAGCUGCAACAACAAGUCGAUGUUAGUGGAACAGAAUCGAUAAAUUCUUCAACAAGAGUAAAGCCUUCUUUUUUCAGAUCCUUUACUGGAAACUCUAACGAAGGGAACCAGAGCCAAGUAUCUAUUAAAACGACAAAUGCAGAGCAUAAUGGAGAGAUGGAGGAAAAGAAAACUAUAGGAAUUGAUCAAAUACCAAAUUCCGAACCUCCUUUCACUUUGAAGGAAAAGAUAAAUUUACUCAACACACCAAAGGCUUCACGAACUUGA